AUGGCACUGCCGGGCGGCGAGGUCGAGUUCCCAUGGCAUCUGGGAGUGUUUGACGCCCAUUGCCAUCCCACCGACACACUUGCCAGCUUGCAACAGAUUGAAGGGAUGCAUGCAAACGUCCUCACCAUCAUGGCCACUCGAGCACAAGACCAAGCACUUGUAGCAAAGGCUGCCGACGACAUGGGCUUAACAGAGGCCGACGUAGCCCAGGGAGAUGUAGAUUGGAGUAAGCAACACAAGGUCAUUCCCGCCUUUGGUUGGCAUCCGUGGUUCUCACAUCAGAUGUUCGACGAGUCGGACUACGGUAAUGUAACAUCGCUCGACGAUGAGCAGAAAGUCUUGCACUACCAGAGCGUGCUCACGCCCACAUCAGACGAUCAGGCCUUCCUGCGAUCAUUACCAGAUCCUCGGCCUGUAGGUCACUUCAUGGCCCAAACUCGAGAGUACUUGCGAAAGUAUCCUCUCGCCCUGAUCGGCGAGGUUGGACUCGAUCGAGGCUUCCGGAUACCGGGAUCAUGGCUCCCAGGAGAGACUGACCAGCGAGAUGAAGGCCUCACUCCAGGCGGCCGAGAGGGACGGAAACUCAGCCCGUACAAAGUCAAGAUGGAACAUCAGAAGAAAAUCCUCCUUGCACAACUGACUCUCGCAGGCGAACUGCAUCGUGCAGUAUCUUGUCACGGCGUUCAAGCUCACGGCGUGGUCUACGAAACUCUUGCUCACACAUGGAGAGGGCACGAGAAGAAGGUCUUGUCGAGACGAGAACAGAGGACGGCAGAGGCUGCAAGGCGAGCCAACGCCGAGUCCCUGGAAGAAAGGACAGAAGAGGCCUCAGCGCCCAAGCCCUUUCCCCCACGCGUGUGUCUGCAUUCAUUCUCUGGACCUGCUGAAACUGUUAAGCAGUAUAUCGCGCCUUCUGUCCCAUGCGAAAUCUUCUUUAGUUUCAGCACGACCAUCAAUGCCUGGGCCGAAGACGGCAAUGGCAAAGUGGAAGCUGCUGUAAAGGCAGUGCCGGAUGAUAUGAUCCUCGUUGAGAGUGAUUUGCAUACAGCCGGAGACCGGAUGGACGGCUAUUUGGAAGAGGGUAUCCGGAAGAUCUGUGAUGUGAAGGGCUGGGAGUUGAGCGAUGGGGUUCGAAGACUUGGGAACAACUGGAAACGGUUCGCACUGGGGCGGUAG